ACGUGUCUCUAAGCUACGGAGGCGGAUGUAGGUGAAUAGUCGCUUCUGUUCUGGAGCUGCUCUGCUACAAUCAACUCGAACCAAACAUUAAACACAACAUUUACAUCUCAUCAUGGUGACAGACGUACAGCUGGCGAUAUUUGCCAACAUGCUUGGAGUCUCGCUCUUCCUGCUAGUGGUGCUCUAUCACUACGUGGCUGUGAACAACCCUAAGAAACUUGAGUGAUUAGAACGUUGUUGCUUCAGAAGGUGAAUGCUGUGAGAGGGACCAGUGAAAGAAGAGGAAGAUGUAGUCUGUAACAUGUUUUGCAUACAAAUCUAAAUAAAUCUGUAAAUGUUUGA